AUCACAAAAACAAAUGCCUGUCUCUCGUCUUCUAGCAUGAACAUUCGGUACAAACAGUGUUUCUCUAAAUACAGGGCUGAUUCCAGCAACAGAAUAGAAAACGCUUUCCAGGAAACAGACGUAAUCCCUUGUCAUAACGGGAAUGACACGAAGAGCAGCUGCUCGACGGACAAAUGAGAAGCAGACUCACAGAGCGACCAAACCAUUGGGUGGAAUACAAAGGUAACCAAAGCAGCUUUAUUGGAGCUUUACAGGAGCGACUAGACUGGCUUGCUGUAGAGACAUGAGAGAACUGUUGAGUGAUGGGACCGAUGUUGCACUUUUCUCUCGAGGAGGGCAGGCUGGAGAACAAAUAAAACCCGACGGGAUCAUCAUGGCUGUGCGAAGGCGAGCAGUGGGCGAGUUAUUGAAGCGUUCUAGUGCAGGAUUCCCUCAGGUCGCGCUAAUGGAAGUGAUGUGAGAUUGCUUCGCUUGUCGUGCGUUUAACAAGGCUCGAUUAUGCGCCAGCCUCCGCAGUGACCGAACGCUUUUUCUUUUACCUGCUCGACGCCAAUUCAUGCCGAAAGACGAUGACUGCACUCACGGGCUGUAGCUGGCACUAAGAGGGACCCGUGUUAGCUGCUGCACCGGACUGGCUGUUUCUCCGCAGCACCACGGACAGCGACCAUGACUCGGCUCCGCAGGAAAGCUCUCGUGGCACUCUUCCUCUUCACGCUCUUCAUUUUCGGGGCCAUGAUGGGACUCAGGACGCUGAAACCCAGUGACGGCUUCUCGGACCUGGCCCCAGGCAUGGACUUCACAGGAGAGAGGUCCGAAAGGAGGCGGCUGGAUGUGAAAGACGUGGUGGCGUCUCCGGGCCAGUUCCACAUGGGCAGCAGCGACACUAAGGUGGUUUUCACCAAAUCGGACCGAGAUUACAGUAUAUUCUAUGAUGUUCACAUCUUCUACUACCUGUGGUACGGCUCUCCCAGCAUGGACAACAAGUACAUUCACUGGGAUCAUGUGCUGGUGCCACACUGGGACCCAAAGAUUGCAGCCAGUCAUGCCCAAGGAAGGCACACCCCCCCAGAAGAUAUUGCCUCAAGUUUUUACCCCGAACUGGGACCCUACAGCUCCAGGGACCCAGCGGUGCUGGACUCACACAUGGCCCAGAUAGAGGCUGCUGCAGCGGGAGUGCUGGUGUUGUCCUGGUAUCCUCCCGGGGUGGCAGACGACCACGGGGAGCCCACCGAGGACCUGGUUCCUGCUGUCAUGGACGCAGCCCACAGGCACAGCAUCAAGGUGGCCUUUCACAUACAGCCAUACAAAGGACGGACGGACCAGAGCAUGCAUGAGAACAUCAAAUACAUUAUUGACAAGUAUGGAAAACACAGCGCCUUCUACAGAUUCAGGUCCAGCACAGGACGAGUCCUGCCUCUGUUUUAUGUCUAUGACUCCUACCUGACACCACCAGAAUCCUGGGCGGAGCUUCUGACAACUAAAGGCUCCCAUAGCAUCAGAGGCACACCUUAUGACGGCGUUUUUGUCGCCCUCAUUGUUGAGGAGCGCCACAAACAUGACAUCCAAGCUAGCGGCUUUGAUGGCAUAUACACCUAUUUUGCCUCCAACGGCUUCUCCUUUGGCUCAUCCCACCAGAACUGGAAACCCAUCAAGGCCUUCUGCGAUGCAAACAAUCUGCUAUUUAUCCCCAGUGUUGGUCCAGGCUACGUGGACACAGCUGUUCGGCCCUGGAACAACCAUAACACCAGGAACCGGGUUAACGGACGUUACUACGAGACAUCCUUGCAGGCAGCUUUGUCUGUCAGACCAGAAAUCGUCACCAUUACUUCUUUUAAUCAGUGGCAUGAAGGUACGCAGAUAGAGAAGGCUGUACCCAAGAAAACAGUGACCCGUUUGUACCUAGACUACCUACCAAACAAACCGGACCACUACUUAGAGCUUACGCGCCAGUGGGCAGAGAACUUCAACAAGGAGAAGGACAAGUGGCUAAUGUGAACAUGGCUUCACUUUGCUGGUAGAUGCUCUGAGUAUGACCAGAAAUUACAUUAAGUCAACUCCCACUGUUAAAAGACAACACCUUUUAUAUUCAUCAACCUACUAGUUGUUUUUCUCCAACUCUGAGCACUUCUGAUGAGAUUUUCCCUAAAUGUUCACUCUACCCUUACUGUUUUUAAUCACUAACAUUUUUUGUACAGGUUAAUAAUGUCACUGAUAUUUUGAAGCUACAAGGUCAUAAAGAUGGACAGAUAGUCGUCGUAACAACUCUGUUCAGUAUCCAUUUGUAACAUCAAGAAAGUGUGGCUAUGUACAGUAACUCUGCUCUGUAGGGUAUUUUCUUAUUUUCUUAUGAUGAUGAUAAGACUGUUGUUUCCUGUGUUUCUUUGAAGCCAAAUUAAAAUGUGUGUCUGUUUGAUGUUGGUGAAUCAGUGAUGGUACUGCACAAGUAAACUAACAUCAUAGAGGUUAGAAAUAAUAAAAGAGGUCUGCCCAGUGCCCUGGGUUGUUGAAAUGUGGUGAGUCUAGAUUUGAAGCUGCGUUUGUGAAUGGUGAAAUAAUCAGUAUGCGCCGAAUACAAAGAUGAGUCAGAAGUAAAAGCGGCUGAAAGCUGUUCCAGCUGGUCUAAAUUAGGUGUGUUGAAUUUCAAUAGUUUAGGUUCCUUUGUUUGUUUUUUUUCUAUUUGGUUCAUUUCAGUGGCUUAAAACAAAGCAACAUUACAGUUACUGAAGCUGAGAUCUGACAGGGCAACAGCCAUAUGUUAAAACAGGUAAACAAUCCAAUACUUUAGCCUGAUGAACUAAACAACUUUAUUUGGAGAUAAAAACCAAAACUGCGGACACCCAAAAUGGCAAUAAUAAUUAUUGACUGUGUGGACACACAACUACAGCAAGUCUGGUAGGUAAAAGCUGGAAGUCAACCUGUAAAUUGGGGGCCCAAAUUUUACAGUUUGCCUAUGUUUUAAAUAAGUUUGGCUAACCUUGGGGUUUGUUUAAACCGUGACUGAUCGCUCACGAUUUAUGUAUCCAGGUUCAUUUACAGGAAGGACAAGAAAAUUGGUGGGGACAGUGGUUGCAGACAGAGGGAUGAGAGUGGUCAAGGGGUGGCAUGAAAUGGGGCUCGAGCGCAACAGAAUGAAAGGAGGGUCAAAUGGGGAUUGAUGAAGGACCAGGUGGGGUCAAUCCAAGAAAUCCAGGGACUGAGACUCAGUUGGGGGCCUGUGGUUCCUGUAAUAAAAGAGGAGGAAGCGAGGAGGUUGUGUGACCCGAGACGAAUAUGAGAGAAAGGGUUUCGACACACCUACUGUAUGUUGGUGGGCACAGGAAAGUGAAUUACAGCAAGGCUUGGUGUCUAUAAGAAAUACUUGAUAAUAAGCUAAACAUACAGUAGCAAUGGGCUUGACUAUGCUGGUUUCUGUAAUUUAGAAAUGGUGGUGUUCAUGUUAAUCAAAAACACACAAAGUACUUGAAUGUUAACUUCAACUCAGACUGGUUUGUUAUUUCUUGAUUUUGUUAGCUAGGCUGUCCAAGGAAUCCUGUUACUAAUAAAACCUUGUGUUGAUUUGAA